UUUUUUUUUUUAACGAUGCCACCACUUUAAUGCCCUUGCUCAUUCCACAGUUGGUGUCAGUGUUGCCUCUGCACAUGCAAGACAUGGGAAGCAUCCACUUCUGAAGUCCUAUCGUCAUGAGCGAGGAGGCAGCUUUAGUGACGUGACCCCAAGAUGCAGCAGACGACAAGCAGAUGUGCAAGACGCUGAGCAACACACAACUAUGGAGCCCCUGAUGUGUGAGCAGUCGGCCAAGGUGGAUGAGCUGGUGGAGGCAUGCAUCCAAGCUUUUGACGAGAGCGGCACUUUGAGGCACCCGUCGACGGUUCGCAUGUUCCUCAUGAUGCACCCGUGGUACAUUCCUUCCGCGGACAUGGCUGCCAAGCUGGUGCUCAAAUCUCAAGCGGAGGACUGCUCGGCGGAGCAUCGAACCAGAAUAUGUCACCUUGUCAAGUAUUGGAUCUCUGAGUUUCCUGCAGAGUUCAAUCUGAACCCAGGACUGGCCGAGCAGAUAAAAGACUUUAAAGACCUCCUGAGCACAGAGGGCAAUGAGUGCCAGAGUCAGCUCAUUGACAUCGAGAGCGUGCCAUCGUAUAAAUGGAAGCGUCAGGUGACUCAGCGCGUCCCCUCAAUGUCCAAAAAGAGGAAAAUGUCCCUGCUCUUUGACCACCUUGACUCCUGUGAACUGGCUGAACACCUGACCUAUUUGGAAUACAAAUCUUUCUGCAAAAUUUUGUUUCAGGACUACCACAGCUUUGUGAUGCAUGGUUGCACGGUGGACAACCCCGUGCUGGAGCGCUUCAUCACGCUCUUCAACAGCGUCUCUCAGUGGAUUCAGCUCAUGGUGCUCAGCAAGCCCACUGCGACCCAGAGAGCCUCCGUCAUCUCGCACUUCAUCAGAGUGGCGCAGAAACUGCUGCAGCUGCAGAACUUCAACACGCUAAUGGCAGUAGUCGGUGGCCUCAGCAACAGCUCCAUCUCGCGUCUCAAAGACACACAGGCCCAUAUCAGCGCCGAAACCAACAAGGUUUUUAACAACCUCAUCGAGCUGGUGACGUCAUGUGGAAACUACUGCCAGUACCGCAAGCGCUUCUCGGAGAGCUCCGGCUUCCGCUUCCCCAUCCUGGGUGUGCACCUGAAGGACCUGAUCGCUGUUCACGUGGCACUGCCAGACUGGGCAGACAAGGAGAAGACGCGGGUCAACCUAGCUAAGACCCAGCAGCUGUACGCCAUCCUGCAGGAGCUGGCGCUGAUCCAGAACAUGCCGCCCAACGUCGACGCCAAUACGGAUCUGCUGAACCUGUUGACAGUAUCUCUGGACCAGUACCACACAGAGGAGGAGAUCUACCAGAUGUCUUUGCAGAGGGAACCUCGCAAGCAAGCGCAGAACUCUAGCACCACCCCGGCUCCAGACCCCAAGCCAAGCAUGAUGGAUGAGUGGUCCGUGUCGGUGAAGCCCAACGCUGACCCGACAGUCAUCAAGAAGCACAUUGAGAAGAUGGUGGAGUCUGUCUUCAAGAACUUUGACACAGACGGCGAUGGCCACAUCUCUAGGGAUGAGUUUGAGGACAUCAGGAACAACUUCCCCUACCUCAGCAAGUUUGGAGAACUGGACAAGAACCAAGACGGCAAAAUCAGCCGAGAGGAGAUGAUCGACUACUUCACGAGGGCCAGCUCGCUGCUCAACUGCAAGAUGGGCUUCAUCCACACUUUCAGCGAGGCCACCUACGUGAAGCCCACCUUCUGCGAGCACUGCGCUGGCUUUAUAUGGGGUUUCUACAAGCAGGGCUACAAGUGUAAAGCUUGCGGGGUCAACUGCCACAAGGCCUGCCGGAGCCGACUGGCCGUGGAGUGCCGGAAAAGGACCAAGAGCAUCAGCCACGAGACGCCACCGGCUCUUCAGGCCAGAUCUUACAGCUUCCCGCCGCCUGCCAACCCUCCACACAAUCUCCAGAACACUGUAAUCGCUGAAGAGGAUAUAGAGGCGGUGGAAGAAGGAGUGUUCGACAUUCACCUAUAACCAGAGCCUGUAUGAGGACCGAAGGUCGGCAUUCUAUCAUCUGCCCUACGAAAAAAACACUACUUUGUCAAAUAAAAAAUAAAAAAGGCUUCACUGCACAUCUUAAACUAAAGCCCAUAGCUCUGCUAACUAUCUGUCUCAGUCAGUUACAGACAACAUCAUUUUGAAGCAAUGCAAAUAUCCACUUUAACACAGCAGCAGUGUAAUCUGUUAGCUUCUUUCAUCAUUGUGAGUGAACAAUAACUAUUAAAGAGACGAACAAUGUUGUGGAAGCUGGAACUAUCACUAUUCAUUAUUAUUGAUAUUCUCAUCAUAUGAUGCGACAAUAUUGCUAAAAUUAUAGAAAAAAGGCUUUGGCAAGUCAUAUUUACAGAGGAAAUAAAGUACUAAAAGCACAUUAUGAUCUUUGUUUGUUGCUGCAAUGCAAGGUUAGUUUUUUUUUGAGGGGGUUCACAUCAUGUGUGCACUGACGUAGAAGCUUAAAACACCUUUAAAGGGAAACAGCACUUUUUUUUUGCAAUUUUGCCCAUCGUUCACAAUCCUUAUAAGAAACAAGAAGACAAAAGGUUCUUUUUUUUAGCAUUCUAACAUGUAGAAAUUGGCUCAUUUUUUGGUGGUUAGCAAUGCAGCUAAUGAGAGCAAUCAAUUCUACCACUAAAUCACUUUAAAAAUGCGUUCAAAGACCGUCAACGAUACUUUAUUUACGUUCCGUAACCUGUGUAAUAACCAAGCUGUAGUAACAUUGUUAUUGUAAGAGGAACCACUGAGGAACUAUUUUUCUAAUGUAGUAAAGCAUUGGCGUGCUACGGUAUUAGCCGUAAAAGCUAACUAUGGCAAGAAAUAAGCUAGCUUGUAUGUCAGCACGAAACGCGUUUGAGUUUGUAAUGCACAACACACUGCGAUAGAACACCAAUAUGUACUGACUGAAAAACAUGAACAAGUAAGUAUCACUUCCAGUAAGUAUUAGCCCACAUUUCAUGUUUUGUUUGUACAUAGCUAGCUCGACAGUGUAAGCACUGUAUCUGUAAUAACACACAUCACGUGCUGCGUGUAUAAUGAUCGAUAUAAAGGGUGACUCACUCAAUGGACAGUUGUCUGUUUGGUCCAGCUGGCCGGGGGCGUUUUUUUCUGGUUUAUUUGGGUAAGCACUCCAUUUAUGUCAAAAUAGCAUGGCAUCAAAUUCCACAUUUUGCAGCUUUGAGUCAAUUUUACCUCACUCUCUCGGCUUCCGUCUGCUCCAAAGUCUCACUCUUUCUUUGUGAUGGCUUCUAGAAUAAGUAGUUCAUCCUCCAUAUAUUCAGAUUCAAAAAGAUAAGGUUCUGAAUCCUAAUUUGUCCAAAAAUAGUUGUCUUUAUUGUUUGUUACCGUAUCUGCCAUGAUUAAAAGACACACACACCUUUGUUCCCGGAAGUCAGAAGUGCGCAGCUAUUAAAACGGAAAUACGUGCGCCGAAUAAUUUGUUCCGGCAAUACUCAAAAUGACCAAAAUACGGUAAUUAUUGAACAUAAUACAUAUUGUUAUGAACGUGUCAUUAUAUAUAGACUUGCAGUGUGUAUACAAAAUGUUGAUGGAGGGUUUUGAAGUUGUUUUAGAGGGCUUUGAAGGCUACAACAGUGACUCCCAUUAACCACAUCUUCCAAGUGUUUUUUUUUAUCACCUUUAACCCCCCCGCACCAACAAAUGUAAUCUUGUCUCACAUAAUGAUUGUGAAUGAUAGGCAAAAUUCCAAAAAAUUGCAGUAUCCCCUUUAUGUUUGAUGAUUUAGUUUUUCUUGAGUGACUAAGUUAACCUGGCCGGAUGUUGCUGUUAAAAUAUGACUUAUGUUAGCAAUUUACAGUGCAUAGACAAUUCCUUCAAUUUCAUUCUUGGUUUAUGCUGUGCUGUCAUGUGUGGGACCUCAUAUAUAGACACUUGUGUGCCUUUCUAAAUCAUGUCCAACCAACUGAAUUUACCACAGGUGGACUCUAAUUACUGUAUUUUCCAGACUAUAGAGUGCAUCGGUAUAUAAGCCGCACCGACUAAAUAAAUAAAUAAAAUGUUUCCAUAUAUUAGCUAAAGAUGUUGUAAAAUUAGUUACCGGUAUUUACACAAAAAUAUUUUAUACAUUUUCAUUUACAUACUUUAAUUGUUUCCAAACGGUGUCUGCAACAUGGCAGUAAAACAGCUGAUCAAACAAAACAGAAGUCAUUGUCAUGGACCCACAAGCUGCAAAAGCUAGCACUCCAAUCAGCUAAACAGACUCAAUAACUCCACGGUGAUAUUUAUGUUAAUUUACGAAACUGAAACCAUCCACUUAAGAAACUGAAACAAUACAAUUAGAAUGCCAUUUUAAGUUAACAAUUCUAACACAGACACUCGUAAAUGUGUUAGCAUAUUAGCUCAUGCUAACGACGCUAUCUUCAUUACAUUAUAAUAGCACGUACAAAUAUGCAUGAAAACACUCCUACAUACAUCACACAUGGGACAGCAAGAAAGUAAGUAAGUUGUUUUAGUUAUAUUGUAAAACUUACAAAUGUUGCUUGUCCCUUAUGGCGUUGUGGGGGGUGCUGGAGCCUAUCCUAGUAAAAUAAAACCUAAAACAAACAAAAAUAAAAAUUACAAUAAACAUUAUAAAGCAUUUCAAUAAUAAAAAAUAUUUUUUUUUAAGCUUGUGACCUAAGUAUACCAUUUAAAGUAAUCUGUUCUUAAUUUACAUACAGUAUAUUCUACAUACAAAACAGACAACUUCACACAGUUGUUUCCCAGAGUUGUCCUCAUAUUAAUAGUUUUAACAACAGUUUACAUUCGUGAAUGCUAGUGAUGAGUUUGAUAUUUUUAGGCAAUUAAUUGCUUUCUUCAUACCUCUACGUUGAAUACAAUGCACAGGCUCUAUAAAGUCAUGGAGUGAAAUACAAUUACAACUUAAAAUAAAACGGUGCCAUUUUUCGAUACCUUUGUUGCGGUUGCAGUCUUGGACAGGCUCAAGCACUCAAGAAAAAAACUGUAAAGGACUCAUCCGGGCCUCUAUGGGUAAUGUCACAUUUUUCUAUGGCAACAAAGCACGAAAAAGAAGCUGAAGUACAGCAAGGCUCCACUUUUAAAAAUAUUUUGGGACCUCUCAGACUACUUCAAAACAAUACAAUACAGGGCCUUUAAAUAAAACUGAGCAUGCACUGGGCAGAUGUAGCUAAUUUAUGUCU